AUGUCACUUCAAUCAGACCUUACAAUCGACGCGUCGAAGUUCGAUCGCAAGCUUGUCGACCAGCAGACAGAAGAGUUCAACGAGAAGCUGAUUAAGAUCUGGGCAGACGGGCCAAGGUGGUAUGAGGUUGGCGCAGAGGAGUACCGCAAGCUUCGGUGGGAAGGCAAGACACCGCUUCCAAAGCCGGUCGUUCUUCCGGAAGGCGUCAAUGGCACAAUACCGUCGCGUGAAGCUGGCCGAGAGAUCCCAUACCGUGUGUUCAAGCCUGCUGGGGGCGUGAGCAGGGGGAUCCACCUACACAUCCACGGUGGAGGCUGGGUGCUGCAAUCAGAACAUUACCAGGAUACGUACCUCAAGUACAUGGCCGAUCACUACGAACUGACAGUCUUCUCGGUCGGCUACAGACUGGCGCCUGAGCACCCGUGGCCCGCAGGCGGAGAGGACUGCUAUGAUGCUGCCGAGUGGCUCGUAAAGAACGGGCCAGAUGUCUUCGGCGGCGAGCUGAUGUUCACAGGGGGAGAAUCUGCUGGCGGCCACCUCGCCUGCCUCGUAGCCUUCCACCUCCUCUCCUCGACGCCGUCCUUCGCCUUCCGUGGUCUGCUCCUCCACUUUGGCUGCUACGACCUCUCCGGCUUCCUACCACACGUCGAGCACCACGAGAAGCACCUGGUCAUCGACCAUGACGUCAUGGCCGCCUACAUCAACGCCCUACUCCCCAACACAACAAUAGAGCAGCGCCGCGAUCCCAGCAUAUCGCCCUUCUUCAAGGAUAUCAGGGGGCUGAAGCUCCCACCAGCACUGUUUACGUGCGGCAGUGAGGAUCCGCUGCUGGAUGACACGGUGUUUAUGGGGGCUAAGUGGCAGAUGUGGGGGAAUGAGGCGGUGGUCAAGAUCUAUAACGGGGCGCCUCAUGGGUUUAUUGGAAAUCCGGUGGGCACGAUCAAGAGUGUGGAGGAGGGGUUGCUGGACAGUGUAGCGUUUGUGAAGGCGAAGAUGGGAGCGUGACUCUGAUGCUAGGAUUCAGCACAUGCGAAUGAACACAAGGCAUGCGUGCGGAUGCACUACACGCUCAACGGCUCAACGGCUCAACGUGACGAUUGUGCUUCGUUAUGAGUGAGUGAGUGAGUGAGUGAGUGAGUGAUUGGUUGAUUGGUUGAUUGGUUGAUUGGUUGAUUGGUUGAUUGGUUGAUUGGUUGAUUG